AUUUAAAAACCCCAGGCGUCCUGACGUCAAGUUAUUUAUCUCAGCAUGCUGUGCUGUUUAUAACCCUAUCUGAUUGUUGGUGGAAAUCGAAUCCAAGAUGGGAAAAGGCAAAAAGUCCACCAAACGAAGACCUGGCGACGAGAAGGCUGAACAGGCUAAAGAAAACCAACACGGGAAGCCAACGACAUGCCAAGUUCAGCUAACAAUAAAUGGUUGUCUGAGUCAAAACAAGCCGCACCGGAAUCACCCACUCAUCCCAAUAUUAGAAGACAAUUCUGCAGUGGACACGAACAAACAAAGUGAAGUCAAAGAUGUUGAUGAGCUCAAUGCACCGAAACAAGAAAACACUGGCAAGAUCCUUAAAUGUGCUCAUAAUGAUCAGAUUGAUGCGCCUCAGAAAGAUUCUGGGACGAGUAAGCAAACUAAAUCCGGGCACAGAAUGAAUGGUGAAAAGUCAACAGACAGGAAAUUGAAAGGCAAAGAGUCUGAACUCAAUCGAAAGGUCACAGAUUAUUACCCUAUAAGGCGAAGUUGCAGGAAAAGCAAAGCUGAGUUAAAGUGUGAAAAGCAGCAGCACAUUGAUGAUCUCAUCAGAAAUGAUGUGGAAGAGGGGCUCAAGGUGAAAUGUAUUGAAGGAAAAGGAAGGGGGAUCUUUGCAGACCGAGCGUUUAAGAAAGGCGAGUUUGUAGUGGAGUACCAUGGGGAUUUGUUGGAGAUCGCUGAUGCCAAAGCAAGAGAAUCUCAAUACGCUCAGGAUCCCUCUACGGGCUGCUACAUGUACUAUUUCCGCUACCACGAUAAAACCUACUGUGUUGACGCUACCAAAGAAACCCACCGUCUGGGCCGACUGAUCAACCACAGUAAAAACGGCAACCUUCAGACCAAACUGCAUGCUAUAAACGGCACGCCUCACCUCAUCUUCCUGGCGUCCAGAGACCUGGAGGAGGACGAGGAGCUGCUGUAUGACUACGGGGACCGCAGUAAAGAAGCCCUCGCCGCUCACCCAUGGCUCAAGCACUAAUGCACUCUUGCUUGAGGAGUUCUGCUGAUCGUUUCUAGUGGAGUAUUGUGGACUAUGAUAGAU